AUGGGUCCUCCUGCUGAUUUGGAUGUGGAAAUAUACUUGAAGAAGGAGAAGAUAGGAAUAAAUUUAAAAAAUAUAGUCGACGAAUACAUAUAUGACCUGGAGCUAGUAAAAAAAGUGAAAACAUCUCCCACAUCGUUCUUAUUCGUAUUUGAAUACACAGAGGACAUUGCAAACAUCAUAGAAGUGGAUAUAUUUUCAGCUUUUGUAUUCAUAGGAACACACCAUCAGCCGACAGUGCCAGGAUUGUGGAACAAUAGGCCAUUGGAAGAUCAAGGAGGCCUAGUGAGAAGAAAGUACGCACCAAUAUAUAUUGACGUCGACAAGCGGCAGAUCCACUUCCUGAUAAGAAUUUACCGCCAAAGUGAACUGUACCCGGACGGAGGUAAGCUGACGAGGUACCUGGACGAUAUACUGGUCACGGAGCAGGUGAACAUAACAAGCUGGAGAUCGAAGCAUAAGGUGGUCAGCAACAACGUGAUCAAGUCGCUGGCGACGAAAGUUGAAUUUGAAACGUUGAAUUUGGCAGCAGGAGGAACGGGAAUAACGCCCUUUGUAAGGUUGCUAAACUACUACCAGGACUUACCGGUGGACAUAAACCUCGUCUACUGCAACAGCUCAGUAGAGGAGAUUAUGCUAAAGCAAGUGUUUGAUAAGUUCGCAGACAUAAAUAAAAGGUUGAAAGUAACGUAUCUGGUGUCAAAAAGAGAAAGGGAGAGCGAAGGAGUGGUGGAGGGAAGAAUAUCGCAGGAAGUAGUGGAAGCGAAGUUCGAAAACACGGAAGGAGCACUGUGCCUGUUCUGCGGACCGCCAGGCUUCAACGACCUGAUAAGCCACUUGAAUAGAUUUGUCGCAAAGGCAAUAGUUUUGUCGAAGCUGGUUAAGUUGAGGCUAGCACAGCCGCUACUGAAGGGGAGCGUGGAGGACUCGAACAGAAGCAUGAGCGCCUCAAUAAAGGCAGUGGGCUUCCUCUCGAAGAUUGUACCAAUACUGAAGAUGUCGCAGGCAUGGGCAAACAAGUCGCCAGUGUCCUCAACGACGGCAUUGGGAGCAAGGAAGAAGGGCUCAGUGAGACUCCACAACAGGGAGGAGCAGGUGUGGAGAGUGCUGAGGCCAGGCCGUGAGAGGGAAACGAAGCACCUGAGGUGGAGAAAGUAG